GGAACUUCCACUUACGCUCUGCUAGCACUGAUGGGGCUUGCUUAAAACAUCGCUUGCUAAUUUCUUAUUAGCUUCGCCCAUCUUUCGGAGUUUUUGUAAUAUCACACCAGUUCUCCGAGGUGCAUUUGUCGGGACAGCGCCGUUUGUCACUUGGGGCUCUAUAUAUCCGCCACUGAGCCUAUACAUCUCGCUUGUCACGUCAUUGUAACAUACAGCCUCCAAAGUGGAGUGGUUUUGGAAGGAAACCUCCAGGUCAGACGGUGACUCUGGAGAGAUCGAGCAUCAGAAAAUGUCUCAAGAAUCGUCGACGUCGGCUCCUCGUCUAACCCCACAAUUCUGCUUCAACGAGAGGUUGCUCAGAGAUUUCCUACGACUUUCCAGAUCAACCAUAGACGAUUCGAUCACGCAGAAUCUCAAUGCAUUGUACGCACCAGCCCGACAAGGUUUCGAUCCUUCUUCAACAGCCAUUCGCCAAAUAGACGCCAGAGAAGGCAGACAGAUCGACGACACUUCUUGCCAGGGCUUCAAGGAUAAUGUGCUAUUUCCGUCCUGGCAAGUUCGAUCGGACGUGCUGAACUACUGCGCCGGAGUGGCUACGAGCCCCGAUCCGGAAGACCCGGAUCUCAUACUCCGACAGACGGAAUCUGCUCUGGACCGUGAGCGGGUUGUCGACGACCGGUUAGACCCUUACACGGCCCGUUUCUUGCCUCGGGAGGCACGAACGGAGUCAUUGGCCAAUCUCGUUCGGACUCAACGGAGCGUCGAAGAAAUCAUACGCGCGCGCACAUGGGGUCUAGUAUCCGACAGAUGUAGUGGUUCGUCGGAAGGCUGGCAAGAAGCUCUUAACAAAUGGCGUGAGAAUAAACAGCGGGAAACGGCGCCACCGUCGACAGAAUAAUCUGAUGAUCGUCGGCAUCACACUGGUUGUUAUGGCAUGGGUUCUGGCUAAGAACUCCAGCCUUCAAUCCGGGUGUUCCCAGCAGUAGUUGCUUUUGGCUCCUAUUGGCUGGUGACAAACUUCGCUUCCUAUGGGCUGAUUAUGUAUAUGAUGUUGUAAGAUAGGUGCAUAUGAGGGCGUUUCUUGUUGGAAUUUGGAGUUCGGACUGGAGGCAUAGCUAAAACCCAGCUCAUGAGUAGACAUAUACUGUACCAAAAGA